AUGUCGCCUGCCCCUGUCCUUCAGACCGCUACUACCUUACCAUCUUCACCACAACAACCCCACACACCCACGUCGACAGCUAUACCCGCAUCAAAACACUUUGAUGAUAUCUUUCACGCCAAGUUUAUGCACAUCAUCCAGGAAUGGAAGAAUGACCCCUCGCGGGGCCAACUGACCCAAAAGGAUCGAAAGGCUUUCAUUGAGAAUGCCUUCUUUGAGACCGAUGAGCUUUACUUUGGUCGGCGGAUGAUGACCGAUCUUGAGAUCAAGCUUCGCGCACUUACCAAGGUCUUCUAUAAGGUUCUUGCUGAAGAACCUUGGUCUGAGGAUUGGAUCCGCGCCCCUGAUGUUGAGCGUAAGCUGUCCAAAUUUGAGAUGCACGAAGACUCCGUAGCCCUUGCCAAGCAGUACGGCUUUACUACACCUCGGGAGGCGGUCAAAGCGGCACGUGAAGCUGGCAUCAAGAAUGCCGAGACCUACAAGGAGGCCCAGAAGGAAGGGAAAUCCCUCCAAGACAUUAAGCUUGAUCGUGGCCCAUUUGAUGAUAUUGAGAUUGUCUACAUCGCUGGCACGGUCUCAUCAUCUGCUACAAGCAAGAUCGACCGUUCGAGUAUUUAUCCAGUAUCCGUCUCUUCGGUCGCCAAUGUCCUUCAGAACCAUAUAUGUAGGGACAUGGUGCGCCCGUUUUCCAUGGCCGAACGCUUCGUCAACUGCACCGAUACCAAGGAACUCGAAGAUAUGCGCCGCUUUGCCUGCAACGUCUGCGACUUUUGUCCUCAUCUCCUCGAUAACGACAACGUAAGCCUUCUUGUUGUGUUACUCAUUCUCUCGCGAUCUGACUGUUGUCGUCGCUUUGAGGCCAAUGGUAUCCGUAUUGAAGGCUCGACGAUUAGCCACCGUAAGGCCGAAUGUAUGAAGAACAAGAUGGGCUGGAAGACCUCAGAGGACAAGAAGCCAUAUGAUAACUUCGCUCAGGAGUUUCAGACUCGUGUCAAGAACGCUUGCUUUCCGGCACCUCGAGCUCAGCGCAUUGGUGGUCGGAAACCGCCGCGCAACUCCUCCGGUCCUGCGACACCUCCGAUCUACGCCCAGCCUCACAUGGGGUAUGUCGCGCCUCCUCAAGUUCGUAACGACAAUGUCAACACUGGCAUUAACGUUGCUGCUCCCCCUCCCCAAAAUCAUUUCUCGCAGGCUGCUCCUCCGGCAAUCAAGGACCAGCGUGCAUCAAUCGGUACCGUUAGCAACACCGCCGAACCCAUGGACCUUUCUUAG